GGUAAAAAAAGAGAACUUUCUUAAAAAAUAAGGAACUUUCCCUAGAGAAAAGAACUUUCUUCAAAAAGGAGGAACUCGGCCGCGAACAUCCGGCCAUUGACACGGAAAGAAGAAGUUUGGCCGAGGACAUCGAACUAUGACCAGGGAAAAGGGGAACUUCCAACGGAACCAUCUGGACACAAAUCAUCUAACGAUGAAGUCAGCAAGGCGUAGCCUUGUAACGAAGUCCGAUAAAAUCAGAAAUAACUAUAAUACCAUUUCAGAAGUACUUGAAGCCUCACACAGGCUAGAACUCUGUAUCAACAACGGAGUAAGAUUAGACUCCGAGUUACGCUCUUUUGAGACCAGAAAAGAUCGGCCGGGAGUUGUUAAUCUUUACUUCUCAACUAAUGCUGGAGGUUCAUCUGACAGAAUAACUUUGCAUCGACGGAUCGAACUUUUAAAAGCAAAGACCUAUUUCUUCAGAUGACAAAGGACCAAAGACUCUUAAAAGUCAAACAGAUGGCUGGAGCUCUGAAUAUCCUCCUCACUCUCUGUUUGCUGCAUGGUGUCUUAAGUGCAGACUUUCAGAUCUCUUUACCAGAGACAAUAGAGGCUGUAGCUGGAUCCAGUGUGACCAUAUCCUGUUCCUUUGAAAUACAAGACGAAUAUGAACAAGGCUUAGAUGAUACAUGUGUAGCAAUGUGGAGAAAAGGAAACUAUGACGAUCCUGAAUCUGACAUUUCAUCUAGAUUUACCACAACAGCAACAACAGAAGACUUAAAAAAUAAAACCUGCACCUCAACUAUAAAUAAUAUACAAAUUGCAGACAGUGGUACAUAUUUUUUCAGAGUGCAAUGCAACAAUCCAACGAUAUAUACUUAUCCAUCAGGUGUGAAUAUUAAAGUCAAAGGUGCAGACUUUCAGAUCUUUUUACCAGACACAAUAGAGGCUGUAGCUGGAUCCUGUGUGACCAUACCCUGUUCCUUUGAAAUACAAGAUGAAUAUGAACAAGGCUUAGAUGAUACAUGUGUAGCAAUGUGGAGAAAAGAAGACCAUCGCAAUCCUGAAUCUGACGUUACAUCUAGAUUUACCACAACAGCAACAACAGAAGACUUAAAAAAUAAAACCUGCACCUCAACUAUAAAUAAUAUACAAAUUGCAGACAGUGGUACAUAUUUUUUCAGAGUGCAAUGCAACAAUCCAACGAUAUAUACUUAUCCAUCAGGUGUGAAUAUUAAAGUCAAAGGUGCAGACUUUCAGAUCUUUUUACCAGACACAAUAGAGGCUGUAGCUGGAUCCUGUGUGACCAUACCCUGUUCCUUUGAAAUACAAGAUGAAUAUGAACAAGGCUUAGAUGAUACAUGUGUAGCAAUGUGGAGAAAAGAAGACCAUCGCAAUCCUGAAUCUGACGUUACAUCUGGAUUUACCACAACAGCAACAACAGAAGACUUAAAAAAUAAAACCUGCACCUCAACUAUAAAUAAUAUACAAAUUGCAGACACUGGUACAUAUUUUUUCAGAGUGCAAUGCGACAAUCCAACGAUAUAUACUUAUCCAUCAGGUGUGAAUAUUAGUGUCAAAGGUGAUCCUCCUAGACCGACUCUGUCUCCAUCUGAACUGGAGGUGGAGGAGGGGGCCUCAGUGAGUCUGCAGUGCUCUGCUCCAGCUCCCUGUCCAUCUCUUCCUCCGACUGUGACGUGGACCCCCAGUCUGGGAACCAGUCAGGAGACACUGAUGGACAAUCAGGACAAAACUAAAGUCAUAAAGUCUGUUCUGAAAUUCACUGCCUCUCACCUCCACCACGGACAGAGGUUCUCCUGCACUGCUGACUACAGGAGAGAAGACAACAGGGUGGUGUCAUCUGUUAACCAAGGAUGGACAGCUCAUGUCAAAUACCGACCUAAAAACACCACAGUCUUGGUCAGUCCAUCUGGUCCAGUUCAAGAGGGCACUAAUGUGCUUCUGAAAUGCAGUAGUGAUGCCAACCCAGCAGUACAGAUCUACACAUGGUACAGAGCUGAUCCACAACAUGAGACUCUAAUCCACGCCGGACCUGAUUUAACCAUUACUGCAUCAAGAAACACUGGUGCUUUCCUCUGUCAGGCUGAAAACGAACUGGGAACUGGACGGUCCAACAAGACAAACAUAGAUGUUCAAUAUGUACCCAAAGAAACCAAAGUCUUGGUCAGUCCAUCUGGUCCAGUUCAAGAGGGCACUAAUGUGCUUCUGAAAUGCAGUAGUGAUGCCAACCCAGCAGUACAGAUCUACACAUGGUACAGAGCUGAUCCACAACAUGAGACUCUAAUCCACACCGGACCUGAUUUAACCAUUACUGCAUCAAGAAACACUGGUGCUUUCCUCUGUCAGGCUCAAAACGAUCUGGGAACUGGACGGUCCAACAAGACAAACAUAGAUGUUCAAUAUGUACCCAAAGAAACCAAAGUCUUGGUCAGUCCAUCUGGUCCAGUUCAAGAGGGCACUAAUGUGUUUCUGAAAUGCAGUAGUGAUGCCAACCCAGCAGUAAAGAUCUACACAUGGUACAGAGCUGAUCCAGAACAUGAGACUCUAAUCCACACCGGACCUGAUUUAACCAUUACUACAUCAAGAAACACUGGUGCUUUCCUCUGUCAGGCUCAAAACGAUCUGGGAACUGGACGGUCCAACAAGACAAACAUAGAUGUUCAAUAUGUACCCAAAGAAACCAAAGUCUUGGUCAGUCCAUCUGGUCCAGUUCAAGAGGGCACUAAUGUGCUUCUGAAAUGCAGUAGUGAUGCCAACCCAGCAGUACAGAUCUACACAUGGUACAGAGCUGAUCCACAACAUGAGACUCUAAUCCACACCGGACCUGAUUUAACCAUUACUGCAUCAAGAAACACUGGUGCUUUCCUCUGUCAGGCUCAAAACGAUCUGGGAACUGGACGGUCCAACAAGACAAACAUAGAUGUUCAAUAUGUACCCAAAGAAACCAAAGUCUUGGUCAGUCCAUCUGGUCCAGUUCAAGAGGGCACUAAUGUGGUUCUGAAAUGCAGUAGUGAUGCCAACCCAGCAGUACAGAUCUACACAUGGUACAGAGCUGAUCCAGAACAUGAGACUCUAAUCCACACCGGACCUGAUUUAACCAUUACUGCAUCAAGAAACACUGGUGCUUUCCUCUGUCAGGCUCAAAACGAUCUGGGAACUGGACGGUCCAACAAGACAAACAUAGAUGUUCAAUAUGUACCCAAAGAAACCAAAGUCUUGGUCAGUCCAUCUGGUCCAGUUCAAGAGGGCACUAAUGUGCUUCUGAAAUGCAGUAGUGAUGCCAACCCAGCAGUAAAGAUCUACACAUGGUACAGAGCUGAUCCACAACAUGAGACUCUAAUCCACACCGGACCUGAUUUAACCAUUACUGCAUCAAGAAACACUGGUGCUUUCCUCUGUCAGGCUCAAAACGAUCUGGGAACUGGACGGUCCAACAAGACAAACAUACAUGUUCAAUACGUACCCAAAGACUUCAAAGUCUUGGUCAGUCCAUCUGGCCCAGUUGAAGAGGGCACUAAUGUGGUUCUGAAAUGCAGUAGUGAUGCCAACCCAGCAGUACAGAUCUACACAUGGUACAGAGCUGAUCCACAACAUGAGACUCUAAUCCACACCGGACCUGAUUUAACCAUUACUGCAUCAAGAAACACUGGUGCUUUCCUCUGUCAGGCUCAAAACGAUCUGGGAACUGGACGGUCCAACAGGACAGACAUAGAUGUUCAAUAUGUACCCAAAGAAACCAAAGUCUUGGUCAGUCCAUCUGGUCCAGUUCAAGAGGGCACUAAUGUGCUUCUGAAAUGCAGUAGUGAUGCCAACCCAGCAGUACAGAUCUACACAUGGUACAGAGCUGAUCCAGGACAUGAGACUCUAAUCCACACCGGACCUGAUUUAACCAUUACAGCAUCAAGAAACACUGGUGCUUUCCUCUGUCAGGCUCAAAACGAUCUGGGAACUAGACGGUCCAACAGUACAGACAUAGAUGUUCAAUUUGCUCCACAGAUCCUGUCCCCGUCCAACUGCACCAAAGCUGCAGCAACAGUCAGCUGUUCCUGUUCCACUGUGGGAAACCCUUCUCCCAGAUUACAGUGGUAUUUGGACGGGCUAUCUGUGAAUCACUCGGACAAGGUAGACAUCAGCAGUGAGUCUCUGAACGGCACAGGUCUGAGGAGCACCAUCACCAUAAACCUCCCACAGAAGCUGGAUCUGUCCACUCUGCUCUGCCACAGCAGGAACUCUGUGGGUUCUACCGUUGGCCAGUUCUAUUUCUAUACUUUUGAGCAACAAACUCCUGCAGUAGGUCAAGGUCAGGGGAUGUUUCCUGCACUCAUAACUACAGUCAGCGCUCUACUAAUUCUUGUGUGUGGUCUGCUGUUUGCUAUCAGGACUAUGAAGACUCGCCUUACACGUCCCAGCACAGGGACAAUGUACCAACAUCUGGAUGGAAAUGAUGAGGUACUGUUGUAAUACCAACAGGCCAAAGUAUAGAUUCAGAACAUUAUGACUGUUAUUAGAUAAUGAACAGUCAAAUUAAUUGAACACUAUGUUCCAAUUGCAUUGUAAUGUUUUGUUUUUAAUGUGCUUUUUUUAAUGUGUAAGCACAACUGAGAAGUGUGGUAGCAAUCUUUAAUUUUUGUGGAAGUCUAAUAUUUUUUUUUACAGAUUACAGUUUUUGUAGUUGAAGUAAUAAAUGUAAUCUAGAGUUUUAAGAGUUAAGUCUGUUAAUUUUCUGGCUUAAUUUACCUGACAAAGCUGAACCCCCAGUAGAACUAACUCUUGUGUAUAUCACUCAACACAGAUAUCAUGCGGGUGUAAUCUGACCUGGGGGGGUAUAUUCUGGCCUGUAAACCCAUACUUUGUAUUUAAUAAAAUGCUUUAAUUACAAUCUACUUAAAUGAUUUAAGUUUUAUUACAUUUCAAUAAAAUGUUAAGUAUAUUCUACUAAUUUGUAGACAUAGUCGAAAGUACGAAAAAGUUUAAGUUGAAUGGAUUUAAAUCACUAAGUUUUAGUCAUAACCACACCUUUUUAUCUCUGCAUUGCAUUGCGGGUAUUGGGCAUUGUCAAGUUAGGUCGAGGUCAGGGUUCCUCAGGCUGAUAUAGGCAUAGAGUGGGAACAUAUUAUCCAGCGUAAAAACAGUGAUUAAAUAUAACGUAAUACUAACAUGAUGAUUUGAGUUGAUUUAUUAAGUUGAAUUAAAGUUGAUAUAUGCAUUGUGAUCAAUAAGUAUGAUUAAAGUAAAAUGAUGUUGAUUCAUUUGAAUGCAAAGGGAUGUGUUGAGACAUGUUAAAGCAGAGAAGGAGCAUGUCAGGACAUGUUUUGCACGGACACAGUCAGUAACUAUUGCAAAAUAGGAGAAGUGAGAAAAACAACCAGCUAUCUGCCGCACCAAAACUGGAAAGAAAGGGAAGUUCCAACGGAGACAUCUGGACACGACUCAUCUAUCGAUGAAGUCAACUGGGUGUAGCCGGAGGAUGUCUGAAGUUGUGUUAAAGACUAAAAUGGCUAUUAUAGCUUUUCAGAAGUACGAGACGCUCCGAAGGAGAGGGUGCCCUACGUGUUAUACGUAGAGAUUAGACUUAGAGCUAUGCUCUUUUAGGACCAGAAAAGAGUGUGGCAGAUUGGCUUCUAAGUUGUUAAUCUUACUUCUCAAAUAAUGCUGGAGGUUUCAUCAGAUAGAGUAACUUUGCAUCGAUGAAUCGGGAUUUGAAGACAAAGACCUAUCUCAUCUGAGAGACAACGGAUCAAAGACUUUAAAGACAAGAAUUGUCUUUUAAGAGGACUUUUACCAACUUCACGGGGACAUUUGCCAACAAAUAAGCUGUUUACCAGAGUUUGUUGGGUUUUUCCCUGUUUUGGUCCGAACUGGAAAAGAAGAAGAUUUUUACAUUUCCUAAUUCUUUUCCCUUUUACCCAGCAUUGAAUUCAUUUGUUUUGGCCAAGCUGAUGAGUUCCUUUUCUAAAUUGCAUUAAUUUUUUAAUUUUUCUGAAUUUGAACUUUUUCCCUAAUUUUUCUUAAAUGCGGAAACAAAACUUUUUCUUUUUCCUUUCCUUGAGGACAUCAAGCGAGGCAACAAUUUGGGACAUUUACACAAGGAUUCUAAGGACUGAACUGUGGGUUGAGGGAUUACAACAGGGAUUGCGUUGAAGUAAGGAAAAUAGAGGGCAGUUAAGUUUAAUGAUUCGGAUAUUGAUUUAUAACUUUAGAAGUUCAGUUUAAUGAUUUUAUUAUAGACUAAUUGAUUGAUGAUUUAU